GGUAUGUGGGAACACACUGCGAAGAAGAUAUAGACGAGUGUGCAACACACCCCUGUCUCAACGAUGGAGAGUGCCUGGAACGCUCCAAUCAGAGCUACUACGGGAGACACGUCGAUUUCCCCGAGCAGUUUAGCUACGAAGCAGCCGCUGGUUUCAUCUGUCGUUGUCAUCCCGGUUUUGAGGGCGAUACCUGCUCCGUGGACACCAAUGAAUGUGAAUCUGAGCCAUGUCAGAAUGGAGGGAGCUGCGUGGAUUUGGUGAACAGCUACCAAUGCGACUGCUUGCCCGGAUAUUCAGGGAUCGAAUGUGCCAACGAGAUUGAUGAAUGCGAAGACGACCCUUGUGAAAAUGGAGGUAGCUGCGAAGAUGCCGUCGCCGACUAUAUCUGCCGUUGCCUCUCCAACCCAGACGGGGUAGCCUGGGGUGGGAAGAACUGUUCUGUGGAGCUCACGGGGUGCAAGACCCACCACUGCCAAAAUGGGGCUGUGUGCGUCCCCACCUUCCAAUCAGAGGCCCAUGGCUACCUGUGCCAGUGUCCCCCUGGAUUUUAUGGGUCCACCUGCUCCACCCCAACCACCUUCUCCCUCACCGACAAUGGCUACCUCUUAAUCAACGCAUCUGCUGGGGAUCAUAAGAACACAAGUGAGCACGGAGCCAGCGUGGCUCUCCGGUUCCGGACCACUCUUCUCAACGGGCUCCUUUUCUACAGAGGCCACCAAACCGAGCACCUGCUCCUGGAACUCUAUGCUGGCCUUCUCCAGGUGAUGUUCUUGACCCAGGAGGCCAAUGUAUCAUUCACGCUGGAGUCCCCGCCGGUGAACGAUGGCCACUGGCACAAGGCAGAGGUCUCCCUUCAGGAGUCUCUUGAGUUCAGGCUGUGGCACGAAGCUUGCCAAGGAGGCAUCUGCCUGUUCAGCCAUCCCCUUGGCGAGACCACCCCUCUUCUGCCCUCCUUUCUGAAUAUAUACGUUGGAGGAGUUGAGGAGGCGUUGAUGAUCAACUGUACGGGACACUUCACCGGUUGCCUGGAAGACCUGCAGAUUGACUCCAAGAUACUCCUGCCAGAGGAGGUGGAAGGUCUACAGCUUCCCGGAUUUCAGCUGGGUUGUGAAAGGACGGAGUGGUGUCAAUCUCAGCCUUGUUCGCACGGUGGCCAAUGCAUUGACUUCUGGACGGACUUCCGUUGUCACUGUUCCCGGCCUUACGAAGGACACACUUGUUCCUACGGUCUGGCCCAUGCCACAUUUGACGAGCACGACGCGGUUGAAUUCACGGCAAAUAGGUCCGUCACCAGAGCUCUUCACAGCCUCCGCCUGGAUUUCAGAACGCGGGACAGUGAUGCCGUCUUGAUACAAGCCAUAGAGGAAGUAGACUCUCUUCUGGUGGCUAUUCAAAACUCUUCACUCCUGGUUGAAAUCCGGAGUGGGAAUGGAGUGGAGGGAGCAAACUUUCUCAGGCCCGUGCCCAUCUCUGAUGGCUCCUGGCACACCCUCUCGUUGACCAUGGAAGAGCCCUUGGCCUAUUCAUCGAGGUGGCACCUCCAACUGGAUGAUUCCACCAAUACCACUCUCCUGGGUAAUGCCGGCAACCUGGAUUUCUUAAGAAGCAAAGCAUUUAUCGUCUUGGCUGAAAACUUCACGGGCUGCCUGGGACACGUAGACAUCGGGGGGCUGUUUUUGCCCCUGGCCAGCCACCCUUUUUACCCACAGCCAGAACAGUUCGUUCAGGUGUCCAGCAGGCCGCUUCAUCUGGGCUGCCAAGGAGAAGACAUCUGCUCUUCCAGUCCAUGUCAUCACGAAGGCUCCUGCUUGGACCUCUUCAACGCCUUCCACUGUGCCUGCCAGCCUGGGUGGGAAGGGCCGCUGUGUGAGGCCAACACAGAUGAUUGUAAAUCCAGCCCGUGUCUUCACGGCAAGUGCGAAGACCUAGUGGGGGACUUCCAGUGCAUCUGUCAUAAGGGUUUCAUCGGGAAACGUUGCCACAUCAACGUAGAUGACUGCAUGAGGCACCAGUGCCAGAAUGGAGGGACCUGUGUGGAUGACGUCUACAGCUACUCCUGCAAAUGCCCACCAGAAUACUCUGGCCCACACUGCGAGUGGCCCUUCCCCCCUGAACAAUGCGGCAAGAACUUCACCUGCUUGAACGGCGGCAAAUGCCUGAGUGGGCCUUGGGGAGCCAACUGCAGCUGCAAGGACGGCUACACGGGAAAGAAGUGCCAGAUCAACGUCAGCGACUGCGACCCCAACCCCUGCAAAAACGGGGGGACCUGCCAGCACGCCAUGAAUCGGUUCUGGUGUAUCUGUGGUGCCAACUACGCUGGGGAAUAUUGUGAUGUCAGU